UUGAUCAGUUAGUUCAGAUGAUGCAAAAGUAAUAGAUGGUAAAUAAUGAGAUGGAUAGCCUUAGUUUACAGACAGGCUGAUCAGUGGUAAAUGGAAUUUGAUCUAGAUUCGUGAAUAGCAAUACAUGGACAAGUUAUCCUGUCCUUGAAUUCAUUUGUUAAUCAAACAGUUUGUGAUUAGUUGACUAGCCAGGGGAGGAAGGCUAUUUCCUUUUCCCAUCAACAUACACCAUGACACAGUCCUGGAUUGUAAAUGGGGAUUUUGGCUGUAAGACAAUUUUGCUACAUGUUGCUCACUCCACAGUUAGACCUCAAAUGAGAGGCUCUAAUGUAUGGUGCUGCAAAUUAUGAGGAACGAAAAUCACAUUUUGGCUUUUAUUGCUCAUCAAUUUGCUGUCCCCUAAAUCUUGAUCAUCUCUAAUAGAAAUCAUGCAAACAUGAACAUGAGGAAAGAGGCCACCAUUUUAGCAGGAAAACAAAUGUGUAAAGCUAAGAGAGCAAAUGAUGACAGUAAAUUUAAGAGACGUACCAGAACCAACAUUUGCAGUGUCGGCACCCUCCCUGGAUUCACUCCCUGUCCCUUCCUUUGCUGCAAGUGAACAGUUUCCCCACCCUACCACUCAGGAAGACGAAAGAAAUGGAAAGGAAGGAGACAUUGCUUUGCUCCCAGAUGUUGCACAGAGGAGGAGGUUUCACUGGAAAGACAACAUCUGCAUUGUGAGCCCAGGACUGAAGCAGCCAAUAGGAAUUGCUGUGCUCCGUGGUGAUGUCUCAGGUUUCAGGCACGUGGACACGGGAGCCCCGCCCCCACCUAUUGUUCCCCUCCUGCUGCCAAGGUUUCCGGGGCAACCAGCGGGCGGCUCGAAUCAGAGCGAGAAGCUGCUCGGGAUCUGCCCCUCCCCCUCCCUCCGGCGGCAAUUGCUGAAUCAGAAGCUGAACAUGGUUUUCAGAAGAGGAGAUUUUGCAGUUUACAAACUGAAACCAAACGUCACUCAGGAUCUGAGAGAGUUACCAAACGUAUCACAACCUGAAUACAACAGAAUAUUGGACAUGGAAGGAGAAAGCACUGUUCCCAGUGGGGAGAAACUGGUUCUGUUUUUGGGUAAGGCUUCAAUCAAUCAUCUGGCUUAUCAGAAUGUAACACACUCAUAAUGAUUAGAAGCCAUGGAGAUGAGGGGAUUGUGGUAAAGACUUCUUUCAUCCAUCAGUACUGAAAAAUCAUCAGCGUAGUUACACCAGGAAGAAGCCAUUCACCUGUUCUGAGUGUGGAGAGAGACUCACUCAAAUCAUCCACCCUGCUGACACACCAGAGUGUGGCAAGAGGCUGUUCACCCCCACAGAGUGUGGAAAGAGAUUUAUCAAUUCUUCAAACCUGGUGACACACCGGCAAGUUCACACUGAUGAGUGACCUUUUAAAUGCCCAGUCUGCAGGAAGUGCUAUGAAAGGUCUGGGGAACUAAUGCUCCAUCAAUGUGCUCACACUGAAAGAGACUGUUUGGGUGUCCUGACUGUGGGACAACAUUUCAGUGAUCAUCUCGGCUCACUGUAUACCAUUACGUUCACAUUAGGGAGAAGCCCUUUACCUGCUCUGACCGUGGGAGGGAAGUCAGUCAGUCACCCCAUCUGCUGAGGCACCAGCACAUUCACACUGUGCAGUGACCAUUCACCUGCCCCAGCUGUGGGAAGGGAAUCACACAGGUGUCAUAUCUGCUGAGUGACCAGAGAGUUCACAAGAAACUGCAGUGAUUGGGCUUUACUAUUAACCGCGUUCAGGAAUUAACCAGGUUCAUUGUGAUCUGUUUCUGCUGAUAUUAAUAACCACCUGUUCAGGUAUAUGUUAAUGUAGA